AUGGGCACCAAGGACUUUGCCGGUGGCACGGUGGUCCGCAUCAGUUCCGGCACCUCAGCCUUUGCACUGGCAUCGCUGUUGGGUGCACGCAAGGAGCGGGCGGAGAGCUUCCCGGCGAACCUGCCGUUCGUGAUCCUGGGCGGCGGAAUUCUCUGGCUCGGGUGGACCGGCUUCAACGGCGGCUCUGCCUUCGCGGCCAACGGCGACUGUGGCCUGGCUAUCGCCACCACAUAUGUCGCAGCAGCGGCGGCGAUGGUGAUGUGGAUCACCGUGGAGCGCAUUCUGGACGGCGCCCCCACCUCGAUCGGCGCCAUGUCGGGUGCGGUAGCGGGAUUGGUGAACAUUACUCCCUGCGCCGGCUUCGUGGAGCCUUUGGGUGCUUUGGGCGUCGGCGCCAUUGGAGCCCUCUGCUGUGUCUUUGCAGCUCGUGGACUGAAGAAGCUGAAUUUGGUGGACGACUCUCUGGAUUGUUUCUCGCUUCAUGGCGUGGGAGGUUUCGCAGGGGCCAUCCUCGGCGGCUUCUUUGACCUCGGGGACGGGCUGAUCUACGGCGGCGACGGGCUGCUGCUGGCAAAGAACCUGGCUGGCGCUGCCUUCGGCGUGGUCUACUCUGCUGCUGUCACGGCUGUGAUCUUCGGCUUGAUGCGCGUGGUCAUGCGCAUGAGGGUCUCGGAAGAGCAAGAGCUUGAAGGCGUCGAUAUCAACUGCCACUCCAAGGCUGCCUACGGCAAGACCGAGGGCUUCGGCGAGCACUCCCAUCGCAUGACGCCCGAGACCGCGGAGACUGCCCCGACCCUGCUGACCGUCCCAUCACCCCGCGGACCCCGCAGGCCUUCGCAGAGAAGCCCACGGAAGUCGGAGCAUGUCUCCUCCACAGAGAAGCCCACGGAGGUCUGA